UUCUGAACCGACUUUGGCGUGCCAUUCUAUCAAGGACCGUAUAAAGCCAUUGGUUCUCAGGUUGCUACAUCCUCGUAGCACAUGGACUUAAAGCUACAAGCGCCACUUCAACGACCUCGUGGAAUCUGUACGAGACACAAAAUGAAAGCAUUGGGGGAUAUAUUACACCACGGGUGUCGUAUUCGUGUGGGUAGUUACAGAGGUUACAGAGCUUUGGCUUUAACCGAGGAUGGGGCUCAAAGUUCUGCUUUACUGGCCGAAUAUUGUUGGAUACAUCAGGAUUGGCCUGGUGUUUGCUGCAUGGGCUGCUUAUGAGACACCGGUGGUGUUUCUCCCUCUUUACUCACUCACAUCUCUUGAUGCAGUGGACGGCUGGCUGGCAAGGAGGCUGGGCCAGACCUCCAGGUUUGGAGCAUGGCUGGAUGUAGCUGUGGACAACCUGGGCAGAGGCAUGCUGUGGAGUCUGCUGUUUAAGGUCUUACGUUUGAAGCACAUCAUGCACACAUGCACAAGGCGAUGAAAACGAGGCUCUAUUUAAAUACCAGCAAAAAAUGUUGUGCAGAGUUCAGGAAAGACUUGAGACGAGGUAUCGGUGACUAAAG